AUGAUAUUUUACUUAGAAGACAAUAAGAAAUGGAGCCAGUUGAUGCAUUUUUUUAAGACUUGUAUUAGUGGAAAUUCUAAUAUUUGCUUUAUGUGGAAUAAUAUUCAUGGAUGGCUUCUUAUGUAAAAUAGUGAAUAUUUAAAUAACUUAGACUCAGAUCAUUUAGUGCUUCUUUCCUAUUUUAGAAUGAACUACUUUAGUUCUUUUAUAAAUAAUAGAGACUUAGGGAUAGAAAAUGCAACUUUUGAAAUGGAUAUAACAAGAAUUUAUUAAAGUUUAAAGUCGAUAAGAAAAUCUACAAAAAAAGUUAUGUUUAGCCUUUAGAAAAAAGAUAACUAUUCAAAUGAUUUAUGUGUAUAGUUUGUUAUGAAAAUAUACGAUGAAGAUGGAAUAUUAGAAAUUAAAAGAGAUGUGUAUUUAAACCCUAAUUUAAACUAGCAUUUAUACUUUAAUCACAUGAGAAACCUAAGUUAAGAAAAUAUAUUAUAUUUAGAAAUUAAUUAGAAUUAUCUAAAAAGUGUAAAAGAAUUUAAAAAUUCUAUCCUGUAGCUUAAAUUUUAUGAAGAGCACAUUCACGUUGAGGCUUUAAAUGGAGAAUAGGAUCUAGUUUUAUAAAUUAAUAGAAAUAUAUGCAAUAACUAUAAUUUUUCUCGCAUAUUAUCUUAAUUUGAUAAUAAAAAUCGUCUUUUGAUACCACCCAAUUUUUUAAUUUCUCAAAUAUAUUUAGCAAAUAAAUUCAAUCAAACAAUUUAAUUACAAUUUGGUGAUGAGAUGGUUGGAGGAAGAGUAAUUGUUUAUCUGAGGAUUAAAAAUGAGUCCUUUGAAAUUAUAUCUGCGUUUUCUACGGUUUUCGAUAUUGAUAACUAAACCUAAGAUGACACUUCACCUUUUAAUCAAAAUCCUUAAUAAUAAUAAUAACUACAAUAUGACGAUAUUUAACCUAAUAUUAAUAAUAAUUAAUAAAAUAUUUUCAAUGUAAAUUAUAAUGGAAUCAAUCAUGCAGAGUAGGGAGAUUUAAAUAAUAAUUCAAACUAAUAGUUUUUUGAUUAAGCAUAGUAGUCGAAUUCAGUUUAAAUUGAAGGAGAUAAAUUUUAACAAAAUUAAAAUCAACAAAGUAAAAUAAACUAAUAACAAGAAAAAGAUAACAAAUAAUUAUCCAAAUAGAACCAAAGAUCGAAUAUUAACGAUGGCAAGAUGAUCGAUGAAUAACAAGAAAUAGUUUAAGGAUUUGAAAAAAAAAAUAAUAGAAAAAUGGAUGUUGAAAAAGUAGGAGGUCAAUAAUAAGAUGGUCGAAGUAAAAUUAACAAAUAGAAUAAAAAUAUCUUAAAUAGUAAUUAGUUCAUGGAAGUAGAGCAAGAUAUAGAAAAUAUUAAUAUCAGAAAACUACGUAAAGGUAAUUUAAUUGAAAUGGAGGAUAAUUACCAAUAAGUUGAAGAUAGUGAUUAUGAAGGAAAUAAUCAUCAAGAAGAUGAGGAAGAUUCUUAAAAUUAUUAAUAAAGUGAAGAUGAAAAUAAUAAAAAUGGUAAAUUCUCAAAAAGUGGUGGAAGCAAAAAGAGAGGGAGUGUUGUUUUAAAUCAUUUAUAAGACGAGUUUUCUUCUAUAGAGCUUGUUUAGGAUCCAAAUUAAAAUAAAUCUGUUUUUUCAAGUAGCAUGGCAAUAGAUUCAAGGAAAUUAACAGCACAAUAAAAUAACCAUGCUAAUUAAAUAAAUAAUUAAUAAAAAGAAAACAUAUAAAAGCAAAAAAUUAGGUAGAAUAAUAUUUUAUUCACAGAUAAUGAACUUACUGAUUACAAUUAAACUCAGCCAUAAUAAAAAUAUAACUUAAAAGAAAGAAAUUAAUUCUUAACAGAGCAAAAACAUUUACAACAAUAAUAAAAAAAUUAUAAAAACGGAAACCAUAUCCAAAAGAAUAAUAAAUUAGGUGAUUUGUAAAGCAACAAUAGUGAAUUUGAAGAAAGAUAAAUGUAUAUUGAUUAAGCAAAAAAUAAGAAUACUCAUAGAGAAUAAGCUGAAGUAGAUUUAGAAGCUUUUAAUUCAUAAAUUGUAUUUCCAGUCCAUCACGAGGAUAUGGAAAAUGAAGAAAGUUAUUCAAAUGAAAUGAUGGGAGAAUAUCCUAAGAAGCACCAAAAAAUAAGUCUAAUAGAAAAAAGAAAUUUUGAAAGAUAUUAAGAGGCACAAUAAUUAGCUCAGAUUAAUGAAGAGAACAUAAAAAAUAUAACACAAAAGAGUACAUUAAAAGCUUUGAAUGAAAUGUAAAAAAGGUUGCUAAUAAAUAAUAAAAGAACAGUUUAAGAUAUGCUAUAGUAUUAACCAGAAACAUCUAAAAUUAAUUAGAAUAUUUAGCAAAUAAAAGAAGUGAUUUCUAAGGAUUAGCUAAAAAAUAAACUAUUUAAUAAAGACGAAAGAAGCAAUUCCCCUUAAAAUGGAAAUAAGAAUCAACACUAAUUCGCUAAACCUGCUCCUAAGUAAGGAAAAAAUUUAUUUGAUUAAGUAAAUAAAAGAAAUUAAGAUGUUAAUAAUUAUUUUGAUUCUAAUUAUGUUUCUAAUCAACCAUAAAGUAAUGACUCUGAAAUUUUACAAAAUAGUUCUCAUUCAAUUGCAGUUAAAAGUAAAUUGCUUUAAAGAAAUUAAGAAAAUUUGGAUUAAAUUAGGAAGGAAAAGCUCUAAAAAAAGAGAAAUAAAAAUCUUAAAUAAGACCUUCAAGACAAUUUGACUUAGUCUUAAAUAGAAGAGAGACAAAAUUAUCAGGGUUUCCUACAAACUCCAUAACUAAAAAAUUAAAAGUAAAAUUUAUAGUCUUCUAUGAUGAGUUAACUCCAUUCCAGUUAAAAAAUAAUUCAAAUUUCUAAUGAAACUUCAGAGUCUUAAUAGGUCAUAGAUAAAUAAAAUAAAUUUAUAUAAAUGAUGAACUAAUAAAACAAGCAAAUAUAAAAGGAUUAAAAUAUGGUUAAUAAACUUAAGCAAAAUGGUUAUUAUAAUGGAAAUCAUAUAGACUCUAACGAUUCUCAGGUAAUUGAUUAGUAAGCUAUUUUGAAAAAAUAGUAGCAUGGUUAACCAACUUCUUUAUUACUGAAAGAAAAAGGAAUAUUAAACCAUUAAACAGCUUAAAACAAUAAAGAAAGCAACAGAGAAAACAUAAGCAGUGCAUUAAACAGCUACAAUAACCCCUUGUAAACAAAUUAUCAUUCACUUAACACUAUAUAAACUAAUUAGUCAAAAGAUUUAUUUGGAACUUAAAUAAAUAACCACAAUCAUCCUAAUUAUAAUACAAGUUAAGCAUUUAAUUCUGCAAUUUAAAGAGAUAAGUUUGAAUAGUAUUAACAAGUUCAAAAUAGAGAAAGGAAAAUAGCUGGCAUAAACUCUAUAUAAGAAAGCGAAAUCUAAAAGGCAAAUAUUUAAGAAAAGAAAAGUAUUACACAAUUUGAUAAUCAAAGUAUGAUGGCUUCUAGUAAUAGAAUGAAUGGAAGUUCAUCAUUCAAAACAUGUUUAGAAAAAAUUCAAACUUAUACAUUUUAAGAGCCUUUGCCUAGGUCUAGCAAGUAGAUUAUGUAAAGUAGCAACAACUAGCAACCAUCAAAUAUAAGAUAAGGCUAAGCAGAAUCACUAUUAAAUAAUUAGCUUAGAGAUAAUUCUUUUGAUAAUUUUCUCAAAUAAAAUAAAAAAAUUGAUGAAUUUUCAGUUUUUUCUGUAAGGAAAGGGCCAAAGCCUUCAUCCAUAUAGUAAGAAAAUGAAAAUUUAGAGAAGAGCGGGUUUGAAUUUCAUCCAUAAUAAAAAUACUAAAAAAUAUUACCUAAAUAAGAAGCAUUUACAUCAGAAUCUGAAGUAAGCUAAAAAAUAACAAAAUCUAAAUUUAUUAAGAAAUUAAUUUGA